UCACGAUUUUUCCAUCACCUCUCACCUUGGGCAAUGACCUUGUUUGAAUAUGACUAUGGGUGCUCGGGCGUCUGCCCACGAGACGGAGAGGGAGGUAGAGGGAGGCAGAUGGAGGCGGGCACACCCAAACGAUGAUGCUCAAUGAUGCCCCGUCUGUUGCUUCUUGAGAAUAUCGUCCUGCGAUUGGCCGAGGACAGCGAAAGGUACCCAGCGCCGGCGCGCCAUGGGCGGGUGGAUGGCCCGUUUAUAAACCCAGCGCUUUUCUCGUGGGCGGGAACAGUACAAGAAGAGCGUGAAAGUGAAGCGCGGGGGGAGAAAAUGAGAUCGGGACUGUGGAGCAGAAAGGGGCUGUGGUGGCGGCUGCGGGUGACCGGAGUUCGCGGAGGGGGGCGCGGCGGCCGCCCCUGAAAGCCUCUCCAUCCGCGCAUGGACGACCACCUCAGCCUCCUGCAAUCACCCCCACCGAGCACAACCAAAACCCGGGGCAAUAACCUUGUGAACCACGGAUACACGGAGACGGAGGCCGGCGUGAUGACCGUUGUGGCGUGUGAUAACAUGCUCGAAGAGUCGGCGGCUCUCCCGGGCCACCACUCCCUGGACCGAUAUGAACCGGAUCACGAAUGCUGCGAGAGGGUCGUCGUCAACAUCUCAGGGUUGCGCUUUGAGACCCAACUCAAGACUCUCUCCCAAUUUCCAGAGACUCUGCUCGGGGACCCCAAGAAGAGGAUGAGGUACUUUGACCCACUCAGGAACGAGUACUUUUUCGAUCGAAACCGACCCAGCUUUGAUGCCAUUCUUUAUUACUACCAGUCAGGCGGGCGCAUCAGGAGACCAGUUAAUGUGCCCAUUGACAUUUUCUCUGAGGAGAUCCGCUUUUAUGAGCUUGGCGAGGAGGCCAUGGAGAAGUUCAGGGAGGAUGAGGGCUUCAUAAAGGAGGAGGAGCGGCCGUUGCCAGAGAAUGAAUUUCAAAGACAGGUGUGGCUUCUCUUUGAAUACCCAGAAAGCUCGGGUCCCGCACGGGGUAUAGCAAUAGUGUCUGUCCUGGUCAUCCUCAUCUCCAUUGUCAUCUUCUGCUUAGAGACGUUGCCGGAGUUCAGGGAUGACAACAGGGAUCCGAUCAACAUUGCACCAGCGAUAAAUGGCACACUCCCCUAUUUCAGCAGCCCCUUCUCUGACCCGUUCUUUGUUGUGGAGACGUUGUGCAUCAUCUGGUUCUCCUUCGAACUGCUGGUGCGCUUCUUCGCGUGUCCCAGUAAAGCCACGUUCUCCAAAAACAUCAUGAACAUAAUUGACAUCGUGGCCAUCAUUCCGUAUUUCAUCACCCUGGGGACGGAGCUGGCAGAGCGGCAGGGGAACGGACAGCAGGCCAUGUCGUUAGCCAUUCUGCGCGUAAUCAGGCUCGUUCGGGUUUUUCGCAUCUUCAAACUCUCGCGUCAUUCCAAGGGGCUCCAGAUUCUAGGACAGACUUUGAAAGCCAGCAUGCGUGAACUGGGGCUACUCAUCUUCUUCUUGUUCAUCGGCGUCAUCCUCUUCUCGAGCGCUGUCUACUUUGCCGAGGCAGACGACCCAGAUUCGGGUUUCAGCAGCAUCCCGGACGCCUUCUGGUGGGCUGUUGUCACCAUGACCACCGUGGGAUACGGGGACAUGCACCCCGUGACAAUCGGGGGGAAGAUCGUGGGGUCUCUGUGCGCCAUCGCCGGUGUGCUAACCAUUGCACUGCCCGUACCUGUCAUCGUCUCAAAUUUCAACUACUUCUACCACAGAGAGACGGAGGGAGAGGAGCAGGCACAGUACCUGCACGUGGGAAGCUGUCAGCCUCUGGCUGACGCGGAGGAGCUGAAGAAGACAUGCUCUUCUUCCUCACUCAGCAAGAGCGAGUAUAUGGUGAUAGAGGAGCACGGCAUCGGCAGCGGGUUCAAGCAGCCGAGCAACUUCCCCGCAGCCACGCAAAACAAUUCGCAGAAUUGCGUGAAUAUCAGCAAAAAGAUUUUCACCGACGUGUAGCCAAUUAUAGAGCCGUGGCCCGGAACACUGGAGGGGGCGGUGUGUAAACACAGCUGCUUCUGUCCCUGCACGCUGCAGAGGGGAAUCCGCGCUAGAUCAUAUUAAGAAAGAAACAAAGAGCAAUCCCUGUCUGUUCAGAGGCGCUGCUUUUGUACUCCGUUAAAAAAAGAACCGGGAUUUUUUUCGUCUCGGUGAUCCAAAUUAUUUAUUUCCUUUCGCGCUUGUGGUGAACGAGCUCCUUAGCAUAUUAGGCCUAUUAUAGUUACAGACUUGACCUCAUGUGCAUUGUGCAAUAGCCAAUAGUUUAUCACAACGUAUAAGAUGUAUAACUGUGAAAGAUGGGUACUUGAAGAAAACUCACAUUGUAUUCAAAUGUGUUAUAAGUCGUGAUCCGUCAGCCAUAGCCUGCGUUCAAUAUUCAGAAUCAUUUAAAUACUAAUAAUGUGUUUAAAUACCACACGUGUUGUCUGAAAACACAGUUCUCCAUAUAUUAUCUAAAUUAGAUUGUUCUGUGAUGUGCCUUUAUUGUGCGUUAAUACUGUCGUUAAAGGUAAUCCCCCUGUAUUCCUUAUAUGAACGGUCCCAUUAUAGACUAUAUUUAAACGGCACCAUAUAAACACUGGAUCACGCCGACUGUCCGUGUCUCGUCAUCGGUGCCGGACGCACCCAGAAGCACAGCCUUCUUUCACGCACGUACAGCAAUCAAAGAUGGAGCUUUCUCUUUGGAUGCCUCAAACAUAACCCGCUGCGAUGCAGUCGUCAUGGUGACGGUGGUUUCCACGAUAACCCCAGUCACCGUUGCCAUGGCAGCCUUGUUUCCACAGUAACCUUCCAGGUGGCUUGGAAGCUUAGUUGAAGAUGUGUGUCUAAAACGAUUGCCCUUGGUCCUAAAAAGACUGGUCUCUCAUCACGCUUUACGAGCGUAAAAACAAGACCAACUCACCCGGCGCAACAAUUGACAACAAUCAAUCAAUCAACAAACCCACAACAUUUCCCCCAUGCGCGGCUUGUGCAGAAUGAAGCAGGAACCACUCAGAGGUGAUAAGCCGGGAGAAGUGGAAGAAGAGGCAUCGCGUGAGGAAUUACGAAUGGACUGGGAGCACUUUGUGGCUCGCUGUCCUGACUGCACUACUGCGGGUAUCCAGCAGAGGCCGCUGUAGUCCAAGCGCUAAACUGGUGAACUCCAUUCCAUUCUUCUGCACAAACUUUCUAGAACCCCUGACAACAGCAAUCUACUGCCUCAAAUUUUGGGCACAAUGAUCUGGUCUUCCUUUGGAGCCAGAUUCUCUAAAUUUGAAAGCUGAGACCAAACUCAACUGGACAAUUUUCCUGAUGGCUGACCUCCUGUACUCGAUGCAUACCAGCCCAGAAAUCCAUCAAGAAAAUGACAAAAAAAACAACAACAUGUAACAUAUUCUAUAACUUCAUAUUGAUGCAGUUUUCUGACUGCUUCUCUUCUGAAGGUUUGUGGAACCGUCAAAUGUUGAGAGUGACCAGGCAGUGAAGCAAUACAGCUGGAACUGUGUUAUUGACUGGCUUUUCUCUAAAGCUUUCUAUAUAAAGGAAAGCACAUUUAAACUUUGGACAGAUAUUUACAUUCUGUUUUCCUAUUUCAUACUAAUGAUAUUCAUUACGGCCAAAAACUGAUGAACAGCUUUUGCAACAAGUAAAAAGUUGUAACAACUGAGGCCAACCAUGAUUUUCUGAUAUGAAACUGUGAUACAAAGCAAAGACUGUUAGCCAUAUGCCUUUUGUUAGCUCUGUGUGCUCGACGCAACAACACACACACACACACACACGCACGCACGCACGCACACACAAGUAAAAAAAACAGACCUACAUGUGUGUGCCAGUUGUAGCUACUCCCCUGAUCUGCACAUGUAGAACAAUAGAGAAACAUGUAUGAACUGUACACACAAACAUAGGCACACACACAUACAGUAGCCAUGUACCUGUGAAAGGCUCCCUUUUAUCCCAGAGUGCACUUGUGUGUUUUUUGGGAUGGGGGAGAAUCAUGUCAGUGGAAGGCUGUUUAUGCCAGUAUUUGUUCUGUGUUAUUCUGUGCUGUCUUAAACAUGACCGACAUAAAGAGAC